AUGAUUAUUCACAGAUAUACUCGACCGGCUAUUUUACGUAUUUUUUCUAAUUCAUUAUUUGCGUCAAAUUAUUCUAUUAAAACAAAUAAUCAAUCUAAACUUCCAUGGACAUCUACAGAAUCAACGAAUCAAUUACUAAAAACGUUAAAUAAUCGUGGUGAUUACGAACGUGCAUUUCGUUUAUUUGAUAAUCUUAUUAAACAAAAUAAUAUUAAUAUUAAAACAUUAUUAACUAUUAUUGAUACAUGCAUUCAAUCAAAUCAAAUUGAACGUGGUCGUCAAAUAGAAUUAUUAGUUAAUCAAUCAACGAAAUGGAAAAAUCAUAUACGUCUUCAAACAUCAUUAAUAAAUAUGUAUAUGAAAUAUCAAAUGAUUGAUCAAGCUGAAAGAAUUUUCGAAAAUAUCCAUCAAUUACCUGAAUGUGAUAUUAUUGUUUAUAAUACAAUGCUUAAAGGUUACCUUCGAAAUCAUAAAGCUGAAUAUUGUUUUAAUUUUAUUGAUAAAAUGCAAUCAAAAUUUAUACCAGAUAAUGUGACUUAUAUUCUUCUAUUAAAUGCUUGUACUGUAUUACGUGAUAAAAAUCGUGGUAAAGCAAUUCAUAAUGAAUUAUUAUCCACAUUAGAUAAUCAACAUGUUCAUUUACAUAAUACAUUAAUUGAUUUUUAUGGUAAAAUAAAUGAUAUAGAUUCGGCUGAAAAAAUUUUUGAUGAAAUGAAUUUACGUGAAACAAGUACAUAUAAUUCAUUAAUGAAAGCAUAUCUUGUUAAUAACAUGCCAUUGAAAGUAUUGGAUUUAUUUGAACAAAUGAAACAAUAUGAUUUACAUAUGACUGGACCAUUAGCAUUUAAACCUGAUUUAAUUACAUUUAUGGCUAUUUGUGAUGCAUGUGAAAAACUUGGAUUAUUAGAUAGUCCUGAUAAUUCCUAUGAAGAUUAUAAUUGGAAAAAAAUAUUUUCAAGAAGUUCAACAGUAGAAAAAUAA